AUGCUCGUGCUCCGUCUUCCGCUCCGUCUGGCUGCCCGCGCUACUCCUUCUCAUGCACCUGUCGCAACCCCGAUAGUCGCAGCUUCCUUGUCUGCAACCAGAUCAUACCGCACCAAGGCUGAUGACAGCAUCAGUCCUGAAAAGAGCACCACUCCCAAGAAGAAGGCCGCCUCAGUUCCCAAAAAGCUCUCAAAGGAGGCUGCUGCUAAGGCUACUUACAAGCUCUUGAGCCCUGAAGAGAAGACCAUAAUUAGCGUGCAGGCAAGAGAGGCAAAGAAGAAGGACCAAAUCAAGCUGCUCAAAGCCCAAGCUCUUACUCCUCCCAAUUACAGACAGCUCAAUAUCUGGUCCGUCUAUAUCAAGGAGAACACCAAAACCGUCGGCGGCCCCGUGAGCGAAAGCUCAAAGAUCCUGGCUCAACGAUUCAAGGACAUUUCAUCCACCGAGAGAGAACACCUCAACCACCUCGCCAACCAACACAACGCAAAGUCCCUGCGCGAGUUCCAGGAAUGGCUCAACCGUCACACCCCUGCUCAGAUCUUCGAGGCCAAUGCCGCCCGUGCCCGCUUGCGCAGACUGCUCGUUGACAGCAAAUUAAAGUACUCAGCCAUCAAGGACGAGCGUUUGGUCAAGAGGCCACUCAGCUCCUACCUUCAAUACCACACUGAACGCCUCGCUUCUGGUGACUUCCGUGGAGUCAGCACACCCGUUGCCUCCAAGGACAUCGCCAGAGAAUUCAAGGCUCUGUCCGCCAGUGAGAGAAAGACGUACGAAGACCGCGCUGCCAAGGAUGUCGAGAGAUACAACAGAGAACACCUCGAAGUUUAUGGCUUCGAAAGGCCUGUAUCAACCAACCCUCACAAGGAGCACUUGGCGGAUCUCGACGCUGGCAUGGCAGCUUCCCCGUGA